AUGUCCUCGCUGGCUAUCCUCCCGACUGAGGUGCUGCUUAGAAUUAUGGGUCAUCUACCAACGCAGCGAGAUCGGCUGAACCUCGCCAGAUGCAAUGUACGCAUGUACACAGAGCUUUAUCUCGAGGCAUAUAGUCAUAUGGAACUUGACCCUUGCUGCUGUGCUCAGAGAGUGGAAAAGCUCGUUGACUUUCUUCUUCACAAUGGCUACAUAGCUGGGAAAGUCAAAAGCCUGAAGCUGGGCAGAAUGUGGACAUGCAAUAAACACCCUACAGCUCCAGUCACAACAAGAAGCUUCGAUGACAUCUUGAAGCACUGGAUCGAAAAAUUUGGUCAAUCAUCAACCCAUGGACUACAACAAUGGUGGAUGAGGGAUCUCCGAACUGUCGACGAGCCCGGCGUUUGGCAGGCUCUCCUGGUCUUCCUAUUACCGAAUAUCACUUACCUCGAAUGGCUCGGUGAUGAGCCGGGCUCCAGUUCCAUCGAGUCUUUGCUAUACGGAGCCUCCCUACAUCUGAAGUUUUUGAAUCUGACGACGACGCGGGCAUUUCAGUCCCUGCGAGAGGUCUUUUUCAAAGUGCCAUUGCACACGGGACCCAGAAUCUCGAGGCGUACACCCAGAUCGAAUAUCGCUCAGCUCGUGCCCUUUUUCCAAACUUCAUCGAUGCGCAAGAUCAAGGUACAUGGGGUGAUUGGAGCUUGUUCACGCCUGGUACGACCGAACUCAUCGCCUAUCACACAUAUCGAGCUGCACGAGGGUCGCUCGGACUCUGGGUUCCGCGAGUUGAUUGCCCCUUGCGCAAACUUGAAGUCCUUCAAGUACUUCUACCCUGACGACAUGUGUGGAUACAGUUUAGCUCCCCAUUUCUGUAUCAAGUCACUCCUGGAUACAAUUUCCUCCAAGACACACUCGCUCGAAACCCUUUGUCUCAGCUACUCGCAGGCGCGUGACUUCGACAUGAGCAGCAAUGCGUCUAUUAGAACUUUCAAAGAGUUUCGUGUACUGAAGAAUUUGCAGCUCCCGAUGCACACCUUCUUAGGACUUGACGAUAUGGAGAAUCUCGCAUUGGACGACAACACAGUCGACCGUGUCUCAGCCUGUAACUUUAUGCCGUUGGCUAGAUAUCUACCGCCAUCUCUCGAGCGGCUCUGUGUGACUCAAUGGUGGGUCGUAGCCUCCGAUGGUAACAUGAUCAACCAGCUGGUGAACUUGGUGAUGUCCAAGCAUAUGUUUCCCCACCUUGUCAAUAUUGAAAUCCAGAGAAUUCGAGACGGUUCUAGUGGGGUUGACUUUCUCUGUCCUGCGAUCGAUGAGGAUAACAAACGGCUUUCCGAUGCCUGCAUGGAAAUGGGCGUUGAUUUAAUUUCCAGAAUGAUCGCAUGA